AAUAAAUUUAUUUUCAGAAAUAUGGGAUUUUUCAGUCGUCUUGUCUGCAAUAAGGCUGCCAAUACCAGCAGUCUGUUACUAUCUGCUAAUGUUGGAGCUUGGGGUGCUUGGACCUUAAAUGGAACAAGACAAUUGUCCGCCGAGGCUCCCCUCCCCAGGGUUUACUUUGAGUUGACCGCUGGUGGUGAGAAGCUAGGACGGAUUACUAUGGAGCUAAGAAGUGACGUUGUUCCUAAAACUGCAGAGAACUUCAGAGCUCUGUGCACUGGAGAAAAGGGGUUUGGAUAUAAGGGAUCUAUCUUCCACCGUGUAAUCCCCCAGUUUAUGUGCCAGGGAGGAGAUUUUACUAAUUUUAAUGGAACCGGGGGAAAAUCUAUUUAUGGAGCCAAGUUCCGGGAUGAAAACUUUCAGUUGAAGCACACUGGACCCGGUAUUCUCUCCAUGGCCAACGCUGGACCUAACACCAACGGAUCCCAGUUCUUUAUCUGCACCGUCAAGACCGAGUGGUUGGACGGCAAGCAUGUCGUCUUCGGCCAUAUCGUAGAGGGGAUGGAUAUAAUCAAAAAGGUUGAAAGCUACGGAUCCAGGUCCGGUAAAACAUCCAAGCAGAUCGUUGUUGAAGACUGCGGAGAAGUUGCAGCGUAAUCCGCAAAAUCAUGGAAUAUUUAAACUUUUAUUCGCGAAAUUUUCUGUAUUUUGCUCUUGUUCAGUACACUUAAUUCAUUCAGAUUAAGAUAUCAGUAUGUGAUAACUGUUUUGUCUGUUACUUUCAGAA